UUUCGUACUCACACAAACUCACACAAAAGAGAAAGUCCUAGAGAGUUCUUUACGUCUCUGUAACCAUAACAUAAGAUAAAAAAGAGGCUAUCAACUUUAGCUGGCCAAUCAAAAACGAACACGUUACUGACUUGAAUUUGAACUUAUAUAAAGCUUGACCAAGACAAGCACAUGAUACAUAGCCUGUCUCUGAAACGGUUUGAUUGGUUAGAUUCUUAAUCACCAAAGCCCUGAAAAUGUUAAAAAUAAAUAUCCUGAAAAAUGUGCUUGCUUUCUUCGUGAUUGCUACAUUACCGCUAACGGAUGCAGAUGAUGACAGAUGUCCUGAUGAGGGUUGGUUUUAUUUCAAUGAUCUAUGCUACAUGACCAGCAAUCAAGAGGAAACUUGGCCAGAUGCAAAAUCUUUUUGCGAAAGUGUUGAUGGAUCUUUGAUACAAAUUUUCGACGAUGACGUUGUUAACGACAUACCAAUCAAGGAUAUCAAUCACGUAUGGAUAGGUUUACAUAAACCAGACCCUAGCAACAACGAAUGGAGUUGGAGUGAUGGGUCUGAAGCCACUUUUUUCAAGUGGGAUGUCGGUCAGCCUCAGAAUGAAGGAGAAAACUGUGUAGCAGCCAUUACCUUGGACAAAUGGCAUGAUUAUCCGUGCUCCUCAAAGUUCAAAUUUGUCUGCAUGAAAGCGUCUUCAGAAUUUUAAUACAUCAAGCUCCGACGAAAUUUCUAGCACUUGAAUUUUGAGUAAAUUGUCUGUUUCAGUGGACAUUUGUUUAAAGAUUUACAGUGGUAAAUAAUUUAAGCUCUAUUUGCAAGUGUCGUCGAAGUUUCGAUCCAAAGAUCAUUUGAUGCUGAAAGAAAAAAAAAAAGAAAAAAAAAGAAGUGUUAAGAAAUUCGUUCAUAUGGGGUGGAUGAUAUAAAACCGACAAAUAAAAUUGCCCAUCCCUCGCUUUA